CAAGACUUGUUAGAUGAGCUUGUCCACCUGCACGCGCCACUCCAUCAUUACAUCACACGCAAUCAAAACGAGAAAGAGAGAAAAAAAUGCACCCGGGAAAACUAAAAUGGAGGCAAAAAAACAUUUCUUUACGGGAGGAAAUUGCGGCUGCCCUGCCCGGCCCGGCCCAAAGGUUAUAAAAUUCGAAUUUGGAGUAAAAUUUUCUGUCAGGACAGAGAUUUUCAGAACUUACACGCUGCCAAUCACAAGUUGUGGAUCAAAACAGAAUUAAAAACAGAUUUUUUCAGUCCCUGUUUGAAUUUUUUUACUUCGCUUUGAAGUUUCUGGCCCUUUUUAACACUUUUUCUGCGUAUGAACGUACUUACAGAGUGCAGAGUGUCGAUUAUAGAUAGAAUAUUCUGUGAUGAAUGUCGUUCCGUUUCCACCAUACUUAGUGUAAAAAGACAUUUUCUGGUGAAGUGCAUUAUGAUCUGCAGAUGGGGUUAAAAAUGGUUUAACAGUGAUUGAUGAACUGACGGCACGACAAACACGUGAGAUCUAAAUCAAUCUGCUGUCGGAAGACGCUGUUUUUCGUUCGGUUUGCUGCUUUCACACUUGCUCUGAUUUUUGUGGAGGACCGAAAAUGGAUGAAGAUGAUCACCGCAGAGCCCAAGAAGAAAUGAAUGCCCUGAGCCUCCGUCAUCUGCAGCAGCUCAAGGACAGUCAAAAGUUCGUCAAUAGAUUGACAUCAAUGCUGUACAAGGCGCUGGCCGUCGGCCUUGUUUUGGGCUUGUUGUCGCUGUUGCCCCCCCAGUUGCCGUCAUUUGUCGGACAUAUCCGCCGCGUCGUCUUCGCCAGAGCUUGGGAUGUUGUCAAUGUGCUUCUGGUGUUGCUUGCUAUUUCAUAUGGAGUCCUGGGGCAAGGCGGCCGUCAAGAAAAUGAGGGACAGAUCGAUGGGAAUGGAAGCAGGGAGGAGUAUGAGGGAAGAAUCUUCGAUUAUGAUUCUGUCAACAGACGGAGGGGGCUUCUGGACCACAAUGUGGUGAGUUCUGAGAGCAGGGUGGUUGAGAGUUCGAGCCUGUAUGAGCAUGAGUAUGCAUAUGAGCAUCCUGUAGCUGUGGCAGCGCCUCCGCUGCGGAGGAUGAGGAGCAGUGUUUCGUAUUAUGAUUUGAGAGAGGCUAGCCGCGCUUGGGAUGAUUCGAAUCCGCCCCGGGCGAUGGAUGACACCGAUUGGGUUCGGAGAAACCGCCACGCACCGGAAGAUUCCAAAGCUAGUGCUUUCGGCAAUUCUGUUCCAAAAUCAAGUGGGGCUGGAGAUUCUGUCAAAGCAUCAAAUGGGUGUGAAGAUUCUGCUGUUAGGUCUGAAGAUUCAGAGGAAAAAUCAAGCGGGCGUGGAGCCAUUCCGCAGUCUGAAGACAUCCAGUACCCUAAGGAAGCAGAGGUAAAGCCCCGAGAUUUUGAUUUUUCAGCUCAAGUUAAAAACAAUGUAGUUACAGAAGAACAAUGUAAACAUCCACCUCCGCCGUCAUCUCCUCCCCGAAUUGCAUCACCCCAAAGAGAUUCGAACCCGAAACCUCUCUCGCCUCCGAAGGACAUGAACCCUAUACCUUCUCAAUCUGAGAAACGGAGGAGAAAACCCCCCUCGCCUCCUACUCCGCCACCGCCACCACCCCGCCCUCCUCCCCCACCGCCCUGCCCCCCUCCUGCAUUGGAACCCCAUUUGCCCAAACAGACGAUCACGGCUGCCCCUGACUCCAAUCCCCACCACAGCGAUGAAAAAUUAGAAAAACCAGAAAAACCAAAAAAAUCAGAAAAGAUAAAAUCAGAUAAAAAGUUUCCAGUCAAUCCUAUUCCUAAUCCCCCCAUUCCUCCUCCUCUUCCUACUGAAAUCCCGAAGCAUGAAUCUAGGCACCGAAGUAGCAGAAGCAAGGAUGAUUCCAAACACAAAAAUAGUGAACACAAGCACAACAGAAGUACAAUUGUCAAUGCAUUUGGUCUACUUCCACAGUCCGAGAGAAGGAACAAGAAAAACCCAAUACCAACCCCACCAGUCCCUCCGCCACCGCCUUCAACGCUCCAGCAAUGGUUUUUAUCUUACAAGAGGGAUUUCAAGAAUAAGAGCAAGGAUUCAGAGCCUUCACCUCGGCAUCGCUCUGAUAAAUCAAGAAGGAAGGUGCAUUCUUCCUCUUCUCCUCCUCCUCCUCCACCACUCCCUGCCUACAUCUAUACCACUGAUCCAAUGCACACCAAGAAGAGAGCUUCUGAAAAAAGUGGAAAGCCAAAAGUCCCUAUCUAUUCCACUGAUUCAAAUUACCCAAAGAAUGUUGAAGCCUCUGAAAAAAUUGAGCUACCAAAACCCCCAGUUUAUGCCCCUGAUCCACGGUACCAAAAAGAUGAAGGCUUCAAGGAAAAAACCCCAGUUUAUGCCCCUGAUCCACGGUACCAAAAAGAUGAAGGCUUCAAGGAAAAAACCCCAGUUUAUGCCCCUGAUACACGUUACCAGAAAGAUGAGGGCUUUGAGGAAAUUGCUGUAGCCAAAAAAGCCUCUGGAAGGACAAACUCAUCGGAAUACUGGAAAGAAAAUGUGAAUGGAGAUGCUAAAGCAACAGAAAAGUUGGCAGAGAGGAAAUCAUCAUCAAUUCCUCUUCCUCCUCCCCCACCACCACCAUUCCCUAUGGUUGAACACCACUGGUCUUUUUAUGAUGACCUAAAACUUCAGAAGAGGAAAAUCCCUUCUCCUGCAGAAUCGGCUGAACCAGUGCCAGAGCCAGAACCUGAGCCUGAAAGCGGCUGGGCAUUUGUUUUUAGAAGGCAAUUUUCUCUAGAUAAUCCUGAUUCACCGUUCUGUCCCAGUCCCAGCCCUGAUGAGGUGAACAGGAAAGCAGAUGCAUUUAUUGCUAGAAUGCACCAACAGUUGAGGCUCCAGAAGUCCAACUCUGUUCAAGAAAGGCUUCAUUGAGUCCACGAAUGCUGGGGAUAUGUAUGGUUGCUGAAUUGGCAGCAGUUGCAUCACUAUGAUUACUUUCCUUUUUGUCUUGAGUUCAUCGGUCUCACAGUACAAUGUUCUACCGCAAAUGUUUUUUAUGGCGGAAAUCCAACAAUGCAAUGAUAGUUUACAUUGCAAUCCCCAAACAAAGCGGCAUAUCUGUGUGGAAAAAGGAGCAAUUCAAAUGUCUUAGGUGGGGGUUCAGGUUGGUCCAAUAAAGAUGUGUACAAGAGUUGUUGAAUAUUUGACAGAUUUAUUGGUAUUGAGUGUAAAUUUGAUUUGAAAUUGGAGAGACUGGGAAUUGUGUCCAUACCUUAACCAAAAAUUACUGUUUAGGAGCCAUUUAUAAAAUAUCUUUUGGUGUGAGCAAUAUCUGAAUCUUUUUGUUUUAUACAACAUAUGCUUCUCAUGUUUGCCCCAAGAUUAUUGAGAGCAGUAUUAUCUUGUGCCUUAGAAGAAAGAUCUAACAACAUUCAGCUGCAUCAAAGGGCUCAAACGAUGCCUAAACGGAAUGAUCAUAUGCAUUCAAAACAAUUUUCAGGACUAUUUUUUCCUGUUUGAUAAAAAGUUCUUUGUACCUCAAUUUUAUGGGCGCAAUACCUCAGAUUGUGGAGGAAAUAAUCUGACAUUUUUUGUAUUUCAGAUUGUCACUUUAGAAGUGAUAUUUGCACUUGGUAAUCUAGACAUAAUAAAAAUUCACCUGUGAUUGUUCUUGUCUUA